UGCAAUAACAGAUUUUAUCCUGUGAGUUUGUUGCUUUCGAUAUAAACUCUCUUUUUAUUCUUGAGAAACUAUUGUUAGCUAUGCCAACAAAGGGUGUUUAAGUUGUUCAUAAAAUCGUAUGCUGGCUCAUAAUUUAUGUUGCCAUAAAAAGCGCCUCUUUUCAAUCAUGAAGACUGUCCUACAAGAUCGCGGAUCCAUAAAGUUGUCCCUCGAAGAAUGCGAUUUGGAAAGGACUUUGCUUGGAGGACAAAGUUUCCGAUGGCGGUCCAUAUGCGAUGGCAAUAGAACGAAAUAUUGCGGAGUGGCGUUCAACACCUACUGGGUGCUCCAACAAGAAGAAUCCCUUAUAACUUACGAGGCAUACGGAACCAGCAGUCCUUUGGGCGCAAAGGACUAUUCUUCCUUGAUAUCCGAUUACCUACGCUUGGACUUCGACCUGAAGCUUAACCAAAAGGAUUGGUUAAACAAGGACGAUAACUUUGUGAAGUUCUUGAGUAAGCCAGUGCGGGUCCUGUCUCAGGAGCCGUUCGAAAACAUUUUUAGCUUCCUUUGCAGUCAGAAUAAUAACAUCAAGCGCAUAUCAUCUAUGGUCCAAUGGUUUUGCGCCACAUUUGGCACCAAGAUUGGCCACUUCAAUGGUUCCGAUGAGUAUACAUUUCCCACGAUAAACAGAUUCCACGACAUCCCAUGCGACGAUCUGAAUGCCCAACUGCGGGCAGCCAAGUUCGGUUAUCGGGCUAAGUUCAUAGCACAAACGCUGCAAGAGAUCCAGAAAAAGGGGGGCCAAAACUGGUUCAUACGGCUGAAAAGCAUGCCAUUUGCCAAAGCUCGCGAGGAGCUGACACUUCUACCCGGAAUCGGAUACAAAGUGGCCGAUUGCAUCUGUCUUAUGUCAAUGGGUCACUUGGAAUCCGUGCCCGUCGACAUUCAUAUCUACAGAAUUGCUCAAAAGUACUACCUGCCACAUUUAACCGGUCAAAAGAACGUGACCAAGAAGAUUUACGAAGAGGUUUCCAAUCAUUUCCAAGAGCUACAUGGAAAGUAUGCGGGUUGGGCUCAAGCUAUUCUUUUCUCUGCCGAUUUGGAUCAAUUUCAAAAUACUUCCACAGUUGAUUGUAAAAAAAAAUCGAAUAAAAAACCUAAAAAUUGAUCUUAUGUAUAAGAUUUGAAAAGCUC